AUGGAGGCGGUCAACACCAGUCGUCGCGUCCCUCCAGAGAAGAGGAAACGGACAGAGACGUCUUGCGACAAGUGCAAGACGAGGAAACAAAAAUGCGAUAGGAUCAUGAGCCAGUCCCAAUGUCGAUAUUGCCAGCUUCAUGCAAUUGCGUGUACCACCACGCAGCCGCGCAAAAAGCGUCUGUACGGUAACGCCGAAUCAAUAGGAGGAAGGUUGGUAUUGCUCGAAUCUCUUGUAAAAGGACUUGUCCCGGAAGCAGACUUAUCGACGAAUGAUGAGAUGCAGCAAUUGGGGAAAUCUCUGGGAAUACCAUUGCCGGUGAUUGAAGAGAGUAUCGCGACAGGAGACGCAGAUGCAAUUGAAACAAAAGACGAUGAUUACACCCUCCCACUUCUUCCGGAUCAGCAAGGCCAAGUCCAAUAUAUCGGCCCUUCCAGCUCAUUCUCAUUUCAUCUGCAUCUGAGAAAACUCAUUGGGAACGAUGCCGCUUGCGAAUUUUCCAUGUUUGGACAGAACGCUGCGGACCAGUACGAAACAGCUGAGAAUCCUCUUGUGGUCUCGAAGAGGCAGAACAGCCUUGGAAGUGAAGAUCGGAGAGGGUCUGUUCCUACUGACUACGGCUCGCCUUCUGAUGCAGUCAGAGAAAUCGAUGGGCCAGUUCUCGAGACCUUGGUAGACACAUAUUUCGAUGUCAUCCAUUCCGACUUUCCUGUGCUUCACGAAGCGUCAUUCCGUGGCACGUACGAAACAUGGUCUUUAUCGUCUUCAUCGGCAGACCCAUCUUGGCUUUGUGGGUUGCUUUGUGUCUUGAUCCUUUCGAGGCGUGUUGCUUCAAUCACUAUACCGGACGAGGCAGAGCGAAAAUGGUGGCGCCACGUUCAGACACUUCUGCCUACAGUUUUCUUUACUUCAAAUCUUUACACAGUCCAAGCGCUUAUGCUUGCGGCGUUGCAUCUUCAUAAUACUAGUCACAGAGAUGCAUGCUGGAAUAUUACUGGAACUGCUGUUCGCAUUGCAUUUGCGAUUGGUUUACACCGAGAUGACGUUAAACAUACGCAAAGUCCACUGGGAAGAGAACUUAGAAAGCAACUUUGGUGGACGCUCUACGCCUUUGAGCAUAUGCAAGUGUCAUCUUACGACAGACCAAGCGCCAUUGCGUACACUCUGAGUUCUGUCAGUUUCCCAAAUGAGAGGAUUGUAGGAGUUGCCGGUCACUGCCCUCAAGAUUUUAUGAAGUGGUCUCAGCGGCUCGUUGUGUUGCUUGGGUCCGCUUGCAGAGCGCUGAAUCCGACUGGUUCUGGUAGCACGAGUGCAGAAGAUGCGUACUCUGGACCACUCUCUCCAGCAGCUGGUGUUCUUCGAGAAUUGGAUAAAUGGAAAGAAGCGCUGCCACUCCAUUUGCGUCUUGAAGUCACAGAUUCUCUCGCACCUUCAUCUCAGAGACCCCUCCUCUUGUUACAUGUUCAAUUUUACUAUAUUAGAGUUUUGAUGUCCAGGGCUGCAUUGCUUCGUCGAGCAACUAGAAUGUCCAAGGAUCCAGAAAGCACACUAACACCAACGCUUCUUACGGUUUCUGAAACAUGUAUUGACUCUGGAAGAUCACUGGCAUGUAUCAUGAGGAAGCUUGGUGCAAUAAACAAGUUUAACUCAUGUACAUGGUGGGACAUAUUUUACACCGUUGCGUCCUCUUUGAUACUUGUUCUGGACAUCAUAUGCCACGUUAAGCAGGGGAAACAUGAGACGCUGGCAGACUCGCAGAAGCUAUUACACGAUUUGGCCACAAUGGUUUCGUCCCAGCUUGACAGUUCCAAGGUCCCGGGAUCUAUGCGGACGUGGGGUGCUAUCGUUAUCGAGGUCAGCGCAAUGGCAGAUCAGUACGUUUUAACCUUCCAUAGGGCUGGAAAAGACGAACAGCAAGGCUUCUCGCCAGAUAAAAGUCCAUUGUUGAAAUCGCCGAAAGCUAUCAGUGGGGGAAGUCUUGACUGUUCUCUAUCCGCUAUUCCCAGUCACCACGCACGUGCAAGCCAGGACCACUUCUGGCCGCAGCUAUCAUAUAUGGACGAUGCAAACGACAACCUGCAAGAUUGGAGCUGGGACGACAUAGGCGAAAUUCUCCGUGCGGGCGCUUCAUGA